CUUUCUCGAUUUCUGUAAAUAUGUUAUAUACAGUUUGCCACAGAUAAAAGAGUUUUGGAAAAUUAAUCCUUUUGGGUUAAUUAGCCAAUAUCCAUAGCCACCACUCACAACAAAAUCUCCACAAACAUUCAUUCAUUUCCUCUACUUCUUCUGACUUCAUAUAAGCCUUUCUUUUGUUAAAGUUAGUAUAGUCAUCAUGACCGCAGAGGUGUUGCAGCCGUUCCAAAACGGUGUCGUCAACAAAGAUCUGUCCUCCACAAACCCUAACAACAAUACCAACGCCACCACCGCCAAGAAAUCCAGGGAGAAUGAACGACGCCGUCGAAGGCGCAAGCAGAAGAAGAACAAUAAAGCUUCCGAUUCUUCUGUAACCGCCAAUGCUAAUAAUGAAAGUAGUGAUAACGAUGAAGCCAACGGUAGUUAUGCUAACGAGAAUUCUGAUCCUCAAAAGGUUAUGGAGCAAGUUGUAGUCGAGUAUGUUCUUGAAAAGGCAGAGUUGGACGAUGGGAUGGAUGAGGAGUUCAGGAAGAUUUUUGAGAAAUUUAAUUUUACAGAAGCUGCUGCUACUGAGGAAAAUGACACCAAAGAUGAAUCUGCACAAAAUGCUGAGUCAAAGAAAAAGGUAGAUUCUGACUCAGAAGAGGAAGAACAAGAUAAUCAACAGAAGGAGAAAGGAGGCAUAUCAAAUAAGAAGAAAAAGCUGCUGCGACGAAUGAAAAUUGCAGAACUUAAACAGAUAUGCUCAAGGCCUGAUGUUGUUGAGGUGUGGGAUGCAACUGCUGCAGACCCGAAGUUACUCGUGUUUCUGAAAUCAUACAGAAAUACUGUUCCAGUGCCGAGGCAUUGGUGCCAGAAAAGGAAAUUUUUGCAGGGAAAGCGUGGUAUUGAGAAACAACCUUUUCAGCUUCCUGAUUUCAUUGCAGCAACAGGAAUCGAGAAAAUCAGACAGGCUUACAUUGAGAAAGAGGAUAGUAAGAAGUUGAAGCAGAAGCAACGUGAGCGCAUGCAGCCAAAGAUGGGAAAAAUGGAUAUCGACUAUCAGGUUCUGCACGAUGCAUUUUUUAAGUACCAAACAAAGCCCAAACUUACUACUCAUGGUGACCUCUAUCACGAAGGGAAAGAAUUUGAGGUAAAACUUAGGGAGAUGAAGCCAGGUACUCUUUCGCAAGAACUAAAAGAAUCUCUCGGUAUGCCUGAGGGUGCUCCUCCCCCUUGGCUUAUUAAUAUGCAGAGAUAUGGCCCUCCACCGUCUUACCCCCACCUGAAAAUACCCGGACUAAAUGCUCCCAUUCCACCUGGGGCUAGCUUUGGUUAUCAUCCUGGUGGCUGGGGCAAGCCUCCUGUUGAUGAAUAUGGGCGCCCAUUGUAUGGAGAUGUUUUUGGAGUUUAUCAACAAGAACAGCCGAACUAUGAGGAAGAGCCAGUUGAUAAGAACAAGCAUUGGGGUGACUUGGAGGAAGAGGAAGAGGAGGAAGAAGAGGAAGAGGAAGAAGAAAUCGAGGAGGAGGAUUUGGAAGAUGGCAUCCAAUCUGUGGAUAGCCUUUCAAGCACACCAACUGGUGUUGAGACACCAGAUGUCAUCGACCUCCGUAAGCAACAGAGAAAGGAACCUGAGAGACCUCUUUACCAAGUUCUUGAAGAAAAACCAGAAGCAAUUGGAGCUGGGACUUUGCUUGGAACAACUCACACGUAUGUGGUGGGCACUGGUACUCAAGAUAAAUCUGCCGCCAAAAGGGUUGAUCUUCUUCGAGGCCAAAAAACUGAUAGAGUUGAUGUUACCCUACAACCUGAAGAAUUGGAUGCUAUGGAUGAAGUUUUGCCCGGGAAGUAUGAGGAAGCGCGAGAGGAAGAGAAGCUGCGUAGCCAACGUGAGGAUUUCAGUGACAUGGUGGCAGAGAACGAGAAGAAAAGGAAGCGGAAGAUGCAAGAGAAGGAGGGGAAAUCAAAGAAGAAAGAUUUCAAAUUUUAGGGUAGUAUUUGUUUGGCUUAUUGAAAGCAGACAUUAUCACCAAACAAAUAAUUACAUCAAAUGUUAGUCUCUUCUGCGAAAAUGCCUGUACUGUUAGAUGCUGAGAAUUGUCUAUUGCCCUAGAAUGUUUGAUGCAGUAAUGAGUUACACCAGUAAUCUCACUAGUUUUUUUAUGUAUUUUUUUCUGUGAAAUUGAGCCGAAUAUUUUGCUGUCAA